AAAUAGAACUACAUUUCCCAUCUGCGUUUGGCGAGUCACGUGAUGCGCGAUAACCGUAAUAGCGUGUCUGAUGAUUUUAUCCGCACGCAGCGGGACGCAGUGACCCUGAAGUGAAUCGGGGUGAUUUUAUUUCUCUUGUUGGAGCGUUUGGGGUGAUUUGGGGCUGAUGGGGGCCGCGGACAGCAGGAGCAGGUCUGUGUCGUACGGACUCGACGAACAGGACAAUGUCACGGUUAUACACGGAGUAAAGUUGUCCGGAGAUGUUCUUCAGCGGAUGCGAGAGUCUGGACCAUCAUCAUCAUCAUCAUCAUCAUCACUCAAAGCAGAGAGCACCAAACCUGAACCAGGGCCGUCCAGACCGUCCUCCACAGAGACCAGGAGGAGCUCAGAAGACGGUUCGAGCGCGAGCAGGCUCUGGUCCAGGAAGAGUUGGCCCGGAUCAGCCGUAGAGAGAGAGAUAUCAGGAGACGAUAUAAAGACACGGCAGGAAGUAGACAAAACACACAACCUGUGUGAAAGAACAGGAAAGCAGUGUGUGAUUGUGCUCCAGUCCUUCAGAUGGGCAGAGAGGAGAUCUUUCUGUAACGUUUCCUCAUCACGGUGUUGUUUCUUCUCUCGGUGCUUUCUCAGCGGAUGA